AUGGAUGGAGAAAACGACGAUGUACAUCAUACCUUAGGUUCGCAUGUGAAAAACCUCCGAAUCCUUCCUGUACGUCUACUGGCAGCUACUCCAUCACCCUACAGCGGAGGACUGACGGAUGAGUCAUUUAUCUGUCUACUCGGCUCAGAGAAUGAGGAGAUUCUCACAUUAUCCACAAGAAGACUCGUCCGUCUGACCGCGUCUAUAACUUCCGAUAGUUACACAGCUCCAGGAGACAGCGAUAGUGUAUCAUCUUUAGUAUUGAGGCAGACUCUUCCAGCUACUAAGGAGGGCUUUGGGUUUUUCGAAUGUUCUACAGUGACAGCCAGUCAAUUGCAACCCAUUGAUGGUCGGUUUACAAAGACAAUAUACAUUGGAGAUGAUAUCACACUCAGUGUGGUGAACACGACAGGGAUGGUACAAGAAGGCGAGAUACGAUGGCGCAAAUUCACUGAUGGAGACUGGGCUAAUUCACGUAUUGGAAGUAGUUCUGGCAGUCUAUCACACACAAUCCAGACUGCAUCUGUCUCAGACGCCGCGUGUGGGAGUCAUACGUUUGGCUGGGACUGUGAGUUUGAAUGUGGUACCGAUCAUCCUCUGGACAAGUGUGCUGGAAGUCAGAUCUGUUUACCUGAUCCUUAUGGAUGCACCUGUUUAGCUGGAUAUACAGGAAUCUACUGCAAUGAAACAUGCACAGAUGGUAUGUUUGGAGCUGAUUGUCUUCAAAAAUGUCACUGUACUAAUGAAGCAGAUUGCGAUGACGUCACUGGAGAAUGUCCUGGAGAUUGCUCGCAAGGACAGUCUGGUUCAGCAUGUCAAGUUCCUUCUAUUUGCCCAAACGGAUACUUCGGGACUAACUGUACACAGAAAUGCAAUUGCAUGAAUGGCACACCAUGCCUUAAAGAUUCUGGAUACUGUUACGAGGUUGAAGGGCAGUGCGACUUGGGAUAUAUCACUGAUUCUGUCGAGUUUCCAGCCAACUGUAUGACAUUUUCAGGAUGUUUCAGCUCUUGUUUGAAGACAUGCCAUUGUUCUGGCGGUGUUGAGGAUUGUAAAUUUCUGACUGGUGAUUGUUUGUCAUCCACCUGUCAUCCAAGAUGGAUGGGGGAUCAAUGCCAAACAGAUCGUUUUGAGACGAGCUUGGAAAAGACCAACCCAGGAGUGGCGAUCUUCUCCUGUUCCUUCACAGCGUCAUCAGGGCAAAAUCUUCUCUCUGAUUAUGUGAAGGCAGAUGUAGGGACGUCUUUUACGGAACCCUGGAUAACUCAUGUUAGCUCUAAUACAUCAGGAACAACCAUCAAUAAUUCAUAUAUCCACAAGUAUAUGGGACCAGAAGAACCAAUUUACUGCUUCGUCGGGGCACCUGACAGUUCCUCAGAGUUUGCUUUCGUAAGGCUGCCUCCAAGAGAUUUCUUUGUUUUACCAAGUUAUAAUGGUGUACCAGAACUACUUGAAUCUGGAUCCUACCAUGCAGUCAUUGGUUGGAGGCAAUGGGACCCAAGCUCUGAUACCGGGGACGGACCUAUUGUUGGAUACAAGAUAUACGUACGAUCAGAUAACAUUAUCGUGUUGACUAAAGAAGUACAACCUUCAAGCAUGGUAAACAAUACGGACCGUUCCGUAUCGAAGAGGUCUGCUGAGAAUGCCACUGAGAUGGUCAUGUAUAACGUCAGUGGACUUGAAGCAGGAUCAACGUACUCUGUUCAUAUUGCAGCGAUACGGGAUGGUAUCAACGGUGAAGGAGCACAAGGAGCAGCAUUGACAUUCACAACUGAAAAAAUUGUGCCAACAACGACACCGAGUUCAUCAACCGUUUCGACUCCAAUGAUGAUUGGACCAGAUGAGGGGGGUUUGGGUGGCGCUCCUAUAGCACCGGCAGCUGGGGGAGCCGUGGGCGCCAUUCUGCUUAUUCUGAUUAUCAUCAUCGUAGUCAUCAUUGUGUUCAAACGACGAAGGAAUGAUAGUAAUCCGUCUAAAAAAGGAAACGUAGAGGACCAAUAUCAGGCACCAGCUGGUUUCCACGACACGUCAUUAGAAGGAAACGACUACAGUGGACACGACUCUGUUUCGAACCCAGACCAAACACAUUCAAGGAGCACGAGACCUAAACCAGCUGUAGUCGUCAAGCCCUUUGUACGGGCAACUAAGUCCCUAGACCUCGAUUCAACCGAUGGAUCUCCUGAAAGAUCCAGCAACAAACCUUUUGCCACACGACAACCGAUACCCAUGGCUCAGUUUCCUGCGUUCGUCAACAAGAACAGACACACUGCGCUCUUCUCCCAGGAAUUUCAUGACUUACCUGGCCCAGACAUCUAUCCUCAGACCGUGGCUCGAGAGACGAUCAACUUCACAAAAAACAGAUACAAGAAUAUUUUGCCAUAUGAUUCGGCGAGGGUGAAGUUAGAAGUCAUCGAUAAUGAUCCUCAUUCCGACUACUUCAACGCGUCUUACAUUCCCAGUUUUGACAAUGACAAGGCUUACAUUGCAUCACAAGGACCCAACAAUGCGUCUAUGGAUGAUUUCUGGAGGAUGGUCUGGCAGGAGAAUGUGACGACUAUUGCCAUGGUAACGAAGCUCCAGGAAGGAGAUAAGAUCAAAUGCCGCCAGUAUUGGCCUAAUCAAGAAGCCGAUUUAGUGGAGUUUGGAAAUAUCAAACUGGAGCUGGUGUCACUGGAAGCAUGCACAGGUGGAGUUAAACGGAAAAUGGGAAUGAGAAAGGGUGACGAUUACAGGACCGUUACUCAGUUCCACUUCACAGAGUGGCCUGACAAGGGUGUUCCUAAACACACAUCAUCACUGCUCCAGUUCAUCAAGGAAGUCAAAGCUGAUCAUGGACCCAACACUCAUCCUCUGAUCAUCCAUUGCAGUGCCGGUGUUGGUCGAACAGGCGUGGUGAUCAGUAUUGAUAGCGUCGUAGAUCACGCCAAGAGAACUAGAAUGGUAGAUGUCUUCAACUUCGUGACAAACAUCAGACAGAAACGACCAUACAUGGUCCAAACACAGGAGCAGUAUGCCUUCAUCUACGGGGCUGUCCUGGAGGAUCUUCUCUGGAGGAAUACCCUGAUCCUUGUCAUUCAUUUCACUGAUCAUCUACAAGACUUGCACACUUCAGUUGGUGGAAGUGGACGGUCCAAGAUGACCAAGGAGUUCGAGACUUUGAAGAGCCUCUGUCCAGAUCCUCCGCCUUCUCGAACAAGAUCAGGACGCACUCCAGAUAAUCAACCAAAGAAUAGAUACGGAAACAACCUACCAUUGCAGAGGAAUCGUGUGAUACUAGACUCCCCAGAUCAAGAUUACAUCAAUGCUAGUCAAAUGAAGGGAGUCCACUGCACAUUCAUGACAACCCAGAUGCCGCUGCCAACCACUGUGUCUGAUUUCUGGUCUAUGGUCGUAGGCUCUAAACCGUCCACUAUCGUCAUGCUUAAUGACAAGAGCCAAAACGAUAAGAGUUGUGCACAAUACUGGCCUGAUGCUGACUCGGCUCAGUUCGGAUCAUAUUCAGUUGCAACCUUAUCAACAUCAUCUGAUGGCGACAUGACCACUCGGCAAAUGAAAGUUACCAGAAACUCCAACGCAAGUCACACCGUUACUCAAUACCAGUUCCAUGGAUGGCCUAAACAUGGAUCAGAUCAACAACUAGGGGCUAGGUCAUUGAUCAAGCUCAUCCGUGCUGUCAAAAGUUCCACUAACAACAAGAAAGAAUUCUCUAUUCUUGUCCAUUGUUUGAGUGGUGCCGGGCGAACAGGUGUGUUUUGUACUGCUAUGGAGUGCAUCGCUCAGAUAGCUGAGGGAAAUUCCGUCGAUAUUUUCCAGACAGUCAAGAUACUGCGAGCUGACAGGAUGCAGUUCGUUCAAACCGAGGAGGAAUAUGCUUUCGUCUACGAUGUCAUCCGUGAAUACCUGCACACUGAAAACUAUGAGCAGCGUCCAUACCCGAAACUAGAGGACCACACGUACGGCAAUGUAGAGAUUGACUACACACAUGACCCGGAAGAGAACCCAUAUGAGGUCACAGAUCCGCAGGAAGCAGGCGCCGCGGCACUCGUGUAUGGCAAUGUAGAGACUGAGAGGAGCCAGGACAGACCGAAGCCAAAACCUCAACAACAGUGCUCCAUAUACGAGAACUUUGAAUUUGAAUCUUGAAUUCAUAUACCAUUGCGUUGGUUGUAUGGUGCUCUGUAUACGAGAACUUUGCAUUUAAAAGCCCGCUGCACUACUUGUAGCUACUUGCGCCCUCUCUAUAUUAAACAAUGCCUAA